CAAUGACGCUCAGGGGGCGGUGAUUGCAGCUGAGGCUGAAAAGAACGCCUUCUCAGCUCGCUGGAGCUCGCUCGCUGCACCUCCGCCUACGGUAGGGAGGCGAGAAUUCCAGUGUUUCCGAGGUCGCAUACUCUAUCCUGGUCUCAAGUUGCCCCUUUUCUGCUGACGUUCCUAACAGACCCAUCAUUUCUUUCUACUGCGCACAAAGAAAGAGAAUUAACUUUCAAGCUGGCCGAAGCAAUGGUUCAUAUAAAGAAAGGCGAGCUGACCCAGGAGGAGAAGGAGUUGCUCGAAAUCAUCGGGAAAGGUACUGUCCAAGAAACUAGAACACUAUUAGCCAACAAGAAUGUUCGUGUCAACUGUUUAGAUGAGAACGGAAUGACUCCUCUAAUGCAUGCUGCAUAUAAAGGAAAGCUUGAUAUAUGUAAAUUACUUUUACGACAUGGAGCUGACGUCAAUUGUCAUCAACACAAAUAUGGAUAUACAGCCCUCAUGUUUGCUGCACUCUCUGGUAAUAAAGACAUCGUGUGGGUCAUGUUGGAGGGUGGUGCUGAGACAGACAUUGUCAACACGGUGGGAAGAACAGCAGCUCAGAUGGCAGCCUUUGUGGGUCAACAUGAUUGUGUGACUGUAAUCAACAAUUUCUUUCCUCGAGAGAGACUGGAUUAUUACACCAAACCUCAGGGACUGGAUAAAGAGCCAAAACUUCCACCAAAGUUGGCAGGCCCACUGCACAAAAUUAUCACCACCACAAAUCUUCAUCCUGUCAAGAUUGUGAUGCUUAUAAAUGAGAAUCCUCUGCUGACAGAAGAAGCAGCCCUGAGUAAAUGCUACAGAGUGAUGGAUUUGAUUUGUGAGAAAUGUAUGAAGCAAAAAGACAUGAAUGAAGUAUUGGCUAUGAAAAUGCACUACAUUAGCUGUAUCUUUCAGAAAUGCAUUAACUUUGUGAAAGACAGAGAAAAUAAACUAGACACUCUGAUCAAAAGCUUGUUAAAAGGCCGAGCUACUGAUGGCUUUCCAGUAUAUCAAGAAAAGAUCAUUAGAGAAAGUAUCAGAAAAUUUCCUUACUGUGAAGCUACACUCCUCCAGCAACUGGUACGAAGCAUUGCACCUGUUGAAAUUGGUUCUGAGCCCACUGCAUUCUCUGUGCUUAACCAAGCCAUCACUGGUCAGGUGGGUUUUGUGGAUGUUGAAUUUUGCACAACCUGUGGAGAAAAAGGAGCAAGUAAAAGAUGUUCAGUAUGCAAAAUGGUAAUAUAUUGUGAUCAAACCUGCCAGAAAACACACUGGUUUGCUCAUAAAAAAAUCUGUAAGAAUCUGAAGGACAUUUAUGAAAAGCAACAAUUAGAGGCUGCCAGAGAAAAGAGUCAAGAGGAAAAUGAUGCCAAACUCGAUGUCAAUUCUAAUUGUGUUAAUGAAGAGCAGCCGCAUGCUGAAACAGGUACCUCCCAAGAGGAUUCCAGUCAAGAGGAUUCUAAUACUAAAGAUUCAGUGGAAGGAGGGAAAGAAUGUCUCCAGAGUGAUGCUGAGUUGGAAUGCAUACAGGAUAGUCCUGCAGGUCCACAGACAUCUGAGGAGUAA